UUCGCUAACGUUCAGGCUUGGCGCUCUGUCGCGCUCGCCACCACAUACGUGAAAUAGGCUUACUACUAGGUUAGACAGUUCGCCGGCCACCUGUUGCCGUCCCGCAGCUGUGCAAACGCGAGAUCGAAGAGUGUGCUGUGCGAUUCUGUGCGUGCGCGACAAGUGUGUGACGUUAUAUCUAACGUGUCGCCGAGUGUGUUGAUUGUGGAAAACGAGAAAGAGAGAGAGAGAGAGAGAGAAAGCGAGAGUGACAUGAAGAGUUGCUAUAUUACAGUGAACCAAAUCAAACACCUAUAGGUACAUUUUACAACUGCGCUGCGUGUUCUGGAUAUGCCGGUUGUUUCGACCCACGCGUACUGCUGCACUUGAGUGAAAGAAUCCAACGCCAUGGCUGCUGAACAACCAAAGAGCUCGGCCUUCAAUGCAAAAUGUCUCGUUGGAUUUUUGUGCGUUGCUCUACUGCCAGCUAUCGCGGUGUCAAAAGGUUUGUGCGAGCUGGAGAUCAAUCAGUCCAACAUCAUUCUGGACAUCGAAGAGAGCAGGGCCGACUCGACUGAUCAAGAGACGAUACCGGCGGAAUUGCCUGUGAUCGGCGAUCCACGAAAUGAGACUAUACUGGAGCUCAGUUCGACGGGAAGGCAGCCGCUUUUCAAGCUUGACGGCAAGAGGCUCAGGUUGCUUAGGCGCCUUGACAGAGACGAGGAAAACCUUUCGCACGUUACAUUUCAGCUGAGCUGCACAGUACGAGCGACAAGAAGCAAUCGAAAGAUACCGGUUAUAGUACGAGUCUCAGACAUUAAUGAUAAUGCGCCAAAGUUCGUUAACACGCCUUACGAAACAACUGUGUCCGAGUUGACACCAGUUGGCUCGACGAUCUUCAAGAAUGUAGUUGCUACGGACGCUGACGCAGGUGUAAACGGUCUGGUUGAAUACUCGAUAGCACCAGGUGACGGGACUGGCAUCGGCUAUAGCGAUGGCCUCGGUCGUGAUCGGGUCACCACUGCCGAUGGCUAUGGAUACUUCAGUAUCAACUUGCCGCAUCAAGGCCAGGUCACCGUCAACCGGACUCUGGAUUUCGAAAGAACGCAGCGCUAUCUCGUUACAAUACUUGCUUCCGAUCGAGCAAUUAAACCAUCCGAGCGUUUUACCGCAACAACAACCUUGACUGUAAACAUUCGCGAUGACGAUGAUCAGGAUCCUUCGUUUAUUUAUCAAGGCUGCAUGUUGCUGAAUGGCGCUUGCAUCAAUCCUGAGUAUUCAGCAUCGGUGUCCAGUGGUGUACUGUCAGGAAUUCUGAAUAUUUCGCCAGAGAAGAUCCAAGCAGUCGACAUGGACAGUAUUAACGCACCAAUACGUUACUCAUUUCUCAGUGGCAAUCCAGCCAACUAUCGGGAAUUCUUCGAAAUUCAUCCAAGUACUGGAGCUGUUAAGCAGAUAAGACCUGUUGAUACUAGCGUCACCAAGAAAUUUGACAUCAUCAUUAAGGCUGUGGAGGAUUCGGAGGCGGAGCGAUCAGCUACUGCAAAGUUGAGCAUCACCGUUAAACCAGUUGAUAGUAAUCCGCCGGUUAUUAACGCCUCGUCUGUCGAAGGUUUUGUUGAUGAAAACGCUUCUGUUGGAACCAAAGUUACUGACGCUUAUAACCGACCAGUUGUUCUCUCCGUUACUGACGCUGAUUUGAGUCCAGAGGAUCCAAAGCCAGACUACACAUUCGAGCUGACAACGACGUUUUUCUCCAUCGACUCGAAUGGCAUGCUUGUAAUCAACGAGGAAAACUUGGACCGUGACCCACCCAGUCCUGGUCACUUCCGUUUCCAGGUUGUAGCUCGCGAACGAAGUGGUACCGCUGCAUCGGCGCCGCUAUCUUUUAUUGUCACCCUCAAAGACGUCAACGAUAAUGCGCCAAUGCUACCUAUGACACCGCCAAUAACUGUACAGGCCGGUGAAACUAAACGAGAAGUCUACAAGGUGGAAGCGACUGACAACGACGAAGGUAUUAACGCCGAAAUUACCUACAGCAUCUAUCAUGUGUCGAACAACGGUUUACAAAAGUUUAAAAUCGAUCCGAAAACCGGAGUAAUCGAGUCACUAGGCAAACUCAACGCUGGCGAACAAUACAGUAUAACCGUACAAGCGACCGACAAUGGUGGCCGUUUCUCUCAGACCAUCGUCGAAGUGAACGUCAUUCCAGGACCUAAUACUCGUAGUCCUGUUUUUCGCCAGCAGGUUUACGAGGUGCAGGUCAGCGAGGGUGUUUCGCUCAAUUCUACCGUUGCAACUAUCGUUGCCGUCGAUCCCGAAAACGAUCCCGUUUCCUAUUCCAUCGUCUCGGGUAACGAUCUCAGGCAGUUUUCUAUUGGCGAUAAGUCUGGAGUUAUAACUGUCAUAAGGAAGCUCGACAGGGAGGACCUUACGCGAUACCAGCUGAUAAUAAAAGCUGAAGAUACGGGGGGACUGUCAAGUACCUGCACAGUGAAUAUUAAGGUGACGGAUAUCAACGAUAAGAAUCCGGAAUUCGAAGGCUUACCAUACGACUUGACAGUGAAAGAAGGCGAGGCGCGUAAGCUCAUUGGUCGCGUGCAUGCCGAAGACGCCGACGAGGGUAUCAAUGCGGAAAUCACUUACUUCGCACCGGACGAUAUACCUUUCACUGUCGAUCCUGAGACUGGAGAUGUUCUGACCAAGAUUGCUCUCGACUAUGAACAGAAUCACGAGUACAAGUUCGUAGUAACAGCUCGCGAUGGAGCACCGGAUCCGCGACUUGCUACCGCCACCGUUACCGUUCACGUGGUUGAUGUCGAGGACGAGGUGCCGAUAUUCCAUCAAAGUAGCUACAUGGCAAGCGUCAAGGAAAACGUUCCUGAGUACAUGGUCGUGCAAGUCAAUGCCGACGAUCCGGACACGAAAAAGCAAGUGACUUAUGUUAUCAAGACUGGCGAUACCGAUCUAUUCAGCAUCGAUCCCAAGACGGGAAUAAUCAAGACAAUUCGUGGAUUGGACUACGAGCGAGAAAGUAUGCACGUGUUAGAAAUCGGCACUUUGGAAAACACGAGUAACUUGCCUGGCUCGUCGACACGCGUGGUCAUCAAUGUGCAGGAUGUCAACGACAUACCACCAGUCUUUACAAUGGUGCCCAGGCCUGUGAGGCUGGAUGAUACUGUGCCCAUUGGCUCGACUGUGGUUAAUAUGGUUGCCACGGAUUCCGACGGCACUGCACCUGGCAACCAGGUACGCUAUGAAGUGAUCGGACGUGGCAUAGCCGGAAAGUAUUUUGCAAUCGAUUCAGACUCCGGAGUGUUACGGGUACGCGACGAUUUGCGCAAAGUACAAGACACUGAAUUCCAAGUUGACAUUCGUGCUUACGACUUUGGUGAUCCACAAUUGUCAUCGGUUAAUACCGUGCCAAUUUUCGUUCGUCACGUUGCUAGUCCAGCUUCGGAAUUAGGUUUGGGUUUCGCCGAGGACUCAUACAACGUCGAUGUGCCCGAGGAUGCCAUAUCAGGAACACUAAUCAAGACGCUUAGCAUUAUUAAUUCCAACGCUAACAACAUGGCACCAGUGAGCUGCGAGAUUUACGAGGGUAAUGAUCAGGAUUUGUUCUACACCAAUAUCACUGAGGAGAGGAACUGUGGGCUGUGGUUGGACAGGACCGAGCUGGAUUUUGAGACGACCGAGAGUUAUCAGAUCAAAAUCCGGCUGGAGGCACACGCUGGAAUGCUUAAAAGCGGCAGAAAUACUACCAUGGUAAAAGUCCAAGUGGUAGACGUGAAUGACAACAAGCCGACGUUUGUAUUCCCACAAGUAAAUAUAACGAAAGAGCGAUUCUUCGCUAAGGUGCCGCAGGUGGCGCAGUUUGACUCGACGGUACUCGAGGUGAAAGCUCACGACAAGGACAACGGCAAAUAUGGCAAACUUGAAUUCUCCCUUAUCUUCGACACCGAGCACACUCGUGCAAACGACUUUUUCGCCAUCGAUCCGACUUCUGGAAUUAUAAGAACUACUGCUAAUUUUGAUACUGUUGAGCCGCAAGAAUUGCCUUUCAGAUUUAUCGUUCAGGCCAAAGACAAUCCCAAUUCAACAAAUAACACGAACGUCGUGGAAGCCCCAGUAAUUGUCAAUCUUGUAGGGCCAGAACAUUUUCUUAUCUUGACAGUGCAAAACGCUGCACCAGAAUCGUUGCACAAGGACAGAUUCAAGAUCGCUAGAUUAAUUGAGGACAAGACUGGUUUGCUUAUUGAAAUUGAAAAGAUUGACUCGCGUAGGUUACUCUCAGUUAACAAUACCCUUGAGGUUCGACAUCACGACUCUGAUAUUUGGUUCUACUCUAUCGAUCCCAAUACCGAGAAAAUUUUGACGAGGAACAGCACUUUAUUAAAUAAGCUAAUCUUGGACAAGCAUUCGAUGUCCAACAUUACGUACGACUUGUCGCCGUUAGUGCGUGCUACGGUGGUUGACGUGCAUGCGCCCAUAAUGGAGCCAGAGCCAGCUCGCACCCAUACUGCCAUCGCUUUCAGUGGCGAGGUCUUCCCUUACGCACUUAUUGUUAUCGCAUUUGUCAUUCUUGUACUUGGCAUCGCUGGCAUCAUUUACAUUUGCGUAUCGUGGUCCAGGUAUAAGGCUUAUAAGGAGCGCAUGCAGCGGAUGUACGUGGUGCCGAGGUACGAUCCGGUCUACGUCGAGCCAAAUCUCAAGGAAUACGAGACCCAAGUGCUGCAGAUGAGCGUUCCCAUCGACGAUAACGACAGCUACAACGACUUGCAGCUGGAUUUCAGUAAUAAAAAUCACGCCUUCAGCCUCGACAACGUCAGCUACAUCACCAAGGAGAACGGGGAGAGCACCGGUCAGCAAAGUCCAGUCUCGUCCGAAGCGGCAACGACGGCCCGAGCGUCAAGUAUCGCCGGCACGCACGAGGUGCACUCGUUGCGACGAUCGACGACCCUCGGGCGCAAGAACAAUAUUAAUGCCGCGGCAGCGGCUAACAGCAGUACCCUGGGCAAACGCGACAAUCGCGACGCAACGCCCGUACUCAAUCCACUCUACAACCACGACCUCAUGAGCGCUAGCCCGUCCAACGACAAUGUCGUCUUCAGGAAGGAGUACACGCAAUUCGGAUUUUCCUAUCUUGGCGAACAGAGCCCCGUUGAGACUACCACUGAACUGUAGUCGCGAUACCUUAUUGUUACUUUUCUUCUUUUGUCAAACGAAAUAUCUUUUACUCGAAAAACAAGUUGUCCCUGUUCUAUUCCUGGGAGCUUCCUUGUUACGAACGACAGAGGAUUGUAGUUCUCUAUGUAUAUUUGUUAUCUGUUUUUUUUUUGCAUUAGUGAGCGAUUGUGUAAAUAAUGUACGUGUUUGUCAAUUGGAACAAAGCUAUUUUUUUAAUCAUUAGCGCAUUGUGACGAUUGCAUUUGCUAAUUGUACAUUUGAGAAUUGCCAAAAAAAGAAGAAAGAUAAAUGAUCAAUUAAAUGGGUUUAUUUGGAUUUUUAAUAUGCGCUGUAGGAAAAAACGUGUUAGUGUGUAACGAGAGACGAUUGAUUUUGUACAUUUUCAUAUUGUAAGCUUGAGUGAUGUUUUUUUUAUGAAAUCGAUUAUUUAUGUGAAUGUAUCAAUUAUACUGCCAAAUUUAUAUGACUGCGAAGGUUGUUCUUUGUUGAAAUAGGGAUCUAACGCGUGUACUUAAUAUUGUAAUUUUAGUACAACGAUAUAUUUACGAAAAAACGGAUUGUUACUUAAAUGGUGAUAGAACAAAAACUCAAUGAAGAGUUUAAUGUAAGUAAAUUAUUAUUUACUUAUCUUAUGGCUACUUAUAGAUCUAUGUUUCUAAUCAAAUUCGAUCAUAAUAUAGAUUUUUAUAUGAAAGCCCACUGGGAACUGAGCGAUCUCAAGUUACCUUUUUAUUAUAAAAAAAGCAAGCAAAUAUUAUUACAAUGACUUCUCACAUGAUUUGUCUUAAUAGAUCGCCUAAUUCUCAAUCAUCUUCUUAACAUUAACUAUACGAGAACCAAUAAUUUUACGCAAAAUAUUUGGUUCACGAAUGAUUUUAUCAUAACUACAUCGAUAUCAUGAUAUUUAGUAUAAAGAUUGUACGAUAUAUUUCACGUAUUAAAGCAUAACGACAAAGAAAUAAUACUAUUCAAUUGACUCUUGCAAUUAACUGUGAGAAUCUUAAUCUAUGUGACUUCAUUUUCCUGACGAUUACUUAAAUACAUUUUUUAUACAUUUUCAUAUUCUAUAAUCGGUCAGGGAAAAGUACCUUAGUCAUAUCUUGUACUACUGCCGAUAGAUAUAUUUAAGUCUGUUUUUUUUUUCUACUUAAUAAUGAUUUUUUUCUAUGUAAGUUACUUUUAAAUUGAUCAAUUAAAUAUCAACGAAGAAUAAAAAUUAUUUGUCAAGAAUUUG